AUGAGGGAAAGCAUGAAAAAGCUGCGUAACCUCUGUGCGUCACCCUCAUGUGAUAACUUACGGUGGCUCGGAAGCAUUGAGGACACUAAGUGGUUGGUCUACGUUCGCCAACUUCUGAAGUCCGGUUUGCAUAUUGCACAAUUGCUCCGAUCGGGUGAAUCAGUGCUAUUGCAUUGUAGCCACGGUUGGGACCGCACAAGCCAGAUCGCGUCGCUUGCUCAAAUUUUCAUUGAUCCUUUCUUCCGAACGUGGAAAGGAUUCCAAGUGCUGAUUGAAAAAGAAUGGUUAUCGUUCGGACACCCCUUUCAUAUUCGGCACUCGCACGGUGAGAAAGCGGAUACACAGGAGUCGCCGAUUUUUAUCCAAUUCUUGGAUUGCGUCUCGCAGCUCGUUCGAAUUUAUCCAAGCUACUUUGAAUUUAACGAGGGACUGCUGCUCAUGCUCGCCGAUGCUCUGCAUUCAUGUCGCUUUGGGACGUUUUUGUUCGAUUGCAAAAAGCACCGUCAGGAAGCUAACUUGGGGAAUCGGACCACAUCCGUGUGGACUUGGGUUAACGGCUUUCGCCCGCAGCUCACAGAGCAAACCUAUGCUCCGAAGCAAGUGUUGAACCCACCUCUGACUGGAUUAUUGAAGCGAGUCGUACUUUGGGAUGCGAUGUUCAUGCGCUGGUCGGGUCAACAGCUUGUUCAGGAACCUCCGAUUUCAACGAAUUUCUUCUCCGACAACUCGCAGCGCACACCGACUUGGCAGCUACCACAGGGCACACUCAACGCCCUAAAUACUGCACUCACUGUGAAAUACCGCGAGGCUCAAUUGAUUCAGGAGCUAGAAGAGCGUAUUACUGCUUUAGAAGAAAAAGUAAAGGGACGCAGGGGCUCCAGGCACUAGAUGAUACAUGCCCGUCAGCCUGCUGUGAUAUCACAUUUCUUGUUUACCAUAAGCCUUUUAUUCUCCGG